AAGCUUGCCAAAGUAGUUCCUGAACGCAGAAGAUAGUAACAAACAAACAUGCUGGCGCUUCAAUCAACACGGCAUGCACGGCAGUGCCUGGUCUCGCAUAGAUUCUUAGAUGUGAAGCUGCAUAAAGCAUUGCCCUUAGCUCGUCAGAAAUGUCGUUGGCGCAUGAGUAGCUGCACAUCGGCGACGUCAACGCCCGGCGCAUCAUCGCAAGCGGCACCACCAGCCGUUUCGGAUGUAUUUGUGCUUGACUUCGACGGCGUGGUCGUCGACUCGGAGCCUGAGAUCACCGCCUCAGCCUUCGAGGCCGCUGCCAUUCGUUGGCCGGAGCUGUUUGCGCCCGAGGCACUCGGCGCGGAGCGCCGCACCGCGCUGCGCGAGGCGAUGCGGACCGUGCGGCCUGUGCUGGUCAAGGGCUAUGAGAGUAUGGUGAUGCUGAGACUGCUGCUGCGCGAUCCCAACUGUGAGGUGAAGCUGCGCUCCAUACUGAGCGCCUGGAGUGCGGAGCUGCCGCGGGCGCUGGCGGAGUGGGGCGAGAGCGAGGAAGAGCUCAGCAAGCUGUUCGAGGCGGUGCGCAACGAGUGGAUGAACGGUCGCACAGAGUCCUGGAUGGCGCUGCAGGUGCCGUACGAGGGCGUGACGGAGGCGCUGCGCGGCUGCCCCUUCCCCACCUACAUCGCCUCCUCCAAGGCCGCACACCGUGUGGCGGCGCUGUCCACGUCAGUGCUGGGGCUGGAGCUGGCGGCGGACAGCCCGCGCCUGUUCGCAUCGCUGCUGCCGCCCGAGGAGAAGAAGGCGGAGGCGCUCAGCACCAUCGGCUCUCGGCCGCUGUGCUCCGCCCCUGGCACGCGACUUCACUUCGUGGACGACCGACUGGACACGCUGCGGGCAGUGGCGGCGGUGCCGGAGCUGGCGGCGCGCUGGAAGCUGUACCUGGCGGACUGGGGCUACAACACCGCGGAGGAGCGGGCGGCGGCGGCGCGGGAGCCGGGCGUGCGCGUGUUGGGCCUGUCUGAGUUCAACGAGCUGCUGCGGUUUGGGCUGGUCAUGGGCGUGGACGACGGCUGCGAGCCCACCGCGGAGGAGGUGGAGGCGGGCGUGUAGGCCAGGGGCGGUGGGGUGGGGGCGGGGGCAGAGGCGGAGUUGGGGGGCAGGGGGGCCUGGGGGAUGUAGUUACGAGCCCAAACUAGGCCACCUGGUGGGACCAGCGGAGCACAGGCAGAGGCGCGAGAGAUGCAAGCGAUUCUACUUAUGGGGAGGGUUAGGCGCCGGGUGUGCAGCGGGAGGGGUUGUUAGAUACCAGCCCAAAAUAAAGGCGGACUUUGCAUGUGUAUGUGGGUGGGGUAGGCAGUUUAAGUGCGUGCGAGUCGCUGUGCGUUGCUGAGAGUUGAGAGCGUGAGGAAGAGAUGAGAGAGGGAAACUGUGUAUGGGGGCGGCAGCCGGCAUGCAGUUGCGUGUGUGCUGUCAAGUAACUUGUCGGUGGCGGAGUGGCGAACUGACGGCGUAGUGCGCUGCAGCAGGAGCUUUUGAAGCUGGACAGUAAAGUAACUCGAAGAAGCAGGAUUGCCAAAGGGAGCACUGAUACACGCGCGAGGGCACUGUGCCCGAGGCAGACUGCUGAUGCCCGAUGUAAUGCGGACGAUGC